CGCGUCGUCGCCGUCGCCGCCGCCGCCGUCGUCGUCGUCGUUGCCGCAGGUCGUCGCCGUCGUCGUUGCCGCAGGUCGUCGCCGUCGCCGUCGCCGUCGCCGUCGCCGUCGCCGUCGUCGUCGUCGUCGUCGUUCCUGCACGUCAUUUCCAGUCGUCCACCGUCACUAUCACCACUUCUACUACUGACACCUCGUGCUGUUUUCGAAAGCGUCCUUGAAGUGUACUGUCCUCGUCGAAGGAUCACGAGGACGUACCAUCACCCGGCACUAACGACCGUAUACCUAAUGCAGCGCGCUUUUCGCGACGCGACGUGCCUGAUUCGCGAAUCUAAAAAUAACAGGUUAGGAAAACUGUCACCUUAACUUACAUGUACGUACACAUAUAUAGUGGUAGACGGCCAUGAUGCUUAUGGGUACGGCCAUGUUACAUCACGUGAUAGAACGGCUAUAAAUGAGCGCCACUCGUUACUCGUGUCGAAAAGAGGUACUAGACAAGAUUCGCUUGGCGAUGAUAAUGACGUAUCUCACACAUGUAAAACAUGUAUGUAUUGGACUUUGCGUCGCGAUAUCUCCGCUCGUAGGACACGGAGAGAAAAAAUAAAAACACUUUUAUUAUGCAAUUCGUCACCAAGCUAUCGAUUGAGACUACUCAGACCUUGAUCGGUUCAGCCGUUACUGAGAUCUGAUAACUCGUUAAUGCUUGAAAUCGCUGACUCGCAUAAAAGAGGCGCGGUCUUUCUCGCUUUGCGUUUUUUAUCUUUUUUUUAAAUUGGCACGAGACGCACUCGCGUCUCUUGAUAUAAGACUUUUAUAUACAAGUUAAAACUUAAUUAAAAUUAUUUGCAGAAUUUGAUUGUUAAUAUCUUUAUUAUCAUAAUUUUUUAAUAGAAUUUUUGAAGUAAUUGAUUGAUUGUUUUCAAAAAAAUAAAUUUUCCUUAUUUUCUAAGAAAUUUAAUAAAUGGCAUUUACGUUAUUUUAACACAUUGCGCAUGCAGCGUCAUUUGAUAAAUGUAAAAUACAUAUACACGGUACUUCACGGAACUGUACGGAAAGACCCGAGAUGUUAAUCAUAAAGAAUGUCUAUUACAACAUAGCUUCACGUUUUCAGUCUCUCGUGGUCUCUCGCAGUCUCUCGCGAGUAAUCACACAGCGUUGAUAUCUGUGCUUGAGAUAUUUUUCGCACAAAUUUUCACGUUUAUAAUCUCGGCGUUUCUUCAAUACGAAAAUAAAACGUUUUGCGUAUCAUUUCAUUCAACAAAAAAGACUUAAUAAAAUUUAAUUAAGGAAAUUCAGUGUGUGUGCACAGUACAUAGAAAUAAACAUACUCAAUAUAAAAUUAUAUACUUUCAAAGUGUUUAGUUCUAAAAAUUCAACGUUAUAAUUUUUUCGUGUAAUUUAUACACCUGGAGAUUCCAAUUUCCUGAAAAAAAUUGAAACAUGAAAGGAUUUGUCUAUAACAAUAGACCAGGACAAUUCGACAGACGGGUUAAUAUGGAUAUUAUUCAUGAUCCAUAUUUGAGACAUUUGUUCGAUGGCGAUCCAAUAUUUAAUGUCUACAAUCGAGAGGCUAUAAACUUGUCGGUCGGUGCACCUGGUCCUGAUCUUUUAAAACAUUGUGCAGAAAUGCUGAAUAAAUCUACGCGACAUAGAUUGAAAGAAGAAGAAAAGGAAGGGAAAUAUUACCUCUUUCAAUAUGGUAUCACGCCGGGUCUUUGGGAAUGUCGCGAUGAGUUAUCUAAGUUUUUGAGUAAACGAUAUGGUAAUUCUGUAAUGAGAGAACAAUUAAUAUUAACAUGUGGAGCAUCACAUGGUCUUCAAUUAUUGUUGAAUACCAUACUCUCACCGAAUGGCGUUAUCUUUGUGGAGGAAUUUACAUAUAUGAUUGCCCUCGAUGCUUUUAAACAGUUUCCAUUAAUGCGGAUAGUUACAGUGCCAAUGAAGAAUGACACAGUAGAUUUAGAUGAACUCGAAAAAUUAAUAAUUGAAGAAAAGGAAAAAGAAAACUUUUUCCUAAACGACCAAAAAAUAUUCUGGGCAAUGUUUUAUACGAUACCAAUUUUCCAUAAUCCAACCGGAAUGACAUUGUCGCCUGAUCAGUGCAAACGUCUAGUGGAAAUCGCACAAAACAAUUCUAUAGUAGUAGCCUGUGAUGAUGUAUAUAAUUUGCUUUAUUAUGGACAAGGAUUUCCGCCACAACGCUUAUUUUCUUAUGAUGAUCCAAAAGAUUUAAAUUAUAAAGGAGGAAACAUUGUAUCCAACUGUUCGUUCUCUAAAAUUUUUUCGCCAGCGAUUCGGUUUGGAUGGAUCGAAUGCAGUCCGCGUAUUGUAAACAUUAUAAAGACAUCGGGCAUAUUGUGCAGUGGAGGCGCAGUUAAUCAUUAUGUCUCUGGAAUAAUUGCGAGUAUGCUUCAUGAAAAUCUCGAGAACGAAUAUCUUGACAAGAUUAUAAAAAUCUAUAAGGAACGAUUAGAUAUGCUUUGUGCGACUUUGGAUCGAUUUUUGCCAAACGGCUGUUCAUAUCAGCGACCAGCAGGUGGUUAUUUCGUUUGGAUCCAUCUUCCCUCAGAUAUGGAUGCUACCAAAUUCAUCAAAUGGUGUCAAAAGGAAUAUAAGGUAUCAGCUAUACCAGGUGUUCGAUUUUCAUAUUUAGAUAAAGCAAAAAAUUUUUUACGUUUAAGUAUAGGUUUUCACACAAAAGAAAUUUUGGAAAGUGCGGCACAAACUUUAUGUAAUGCGCUUUUGAUAUAUAUUAAAAGUGAAUUGUAAAAAAAAACUAUUACAAAUAAGUAUGACUCAAAGGCAAAAACAUAUAAUUCUUUUAUAAUGGAAUGAGAAUUUGAAAAAUAAAUCAAAAUAUACAAUAAUAUGUUUUUUUAGAUUAUUGAUCUAAUUUAGAGUUUUGACAAAUAAAACUUAUAACAAAAAAAAGAACUAUUAUAAUAUUACGAUAAAAAAAUAUGUAUGUAUUUUAUAGAACUUUUGUGUUAAAAAUGCAUUUGAAUAUUUGAUGUGCAAUCGUCAUUGCAAAUACAAAUGUAAACUAAA